AUGAUCCCAGAAUAUAUUUUACAGAUACGCGGUUUUAUCAAAACAAAGAAAGUCAAUAGAAUAAUCAUCUCGGAAAAAUUCUUCGAUAGCGUCGCAUUCUGGCAAACGGCGUUCAAAAAAUCAGAGGCAGAUCAAGCUAAACUGCUCGAUACCAUCUUUGAGCUGGAGCAGCGAAAUGAAGGUCUCCUCAUCAAGUUGAACACGACUGCAAUACUGAAUGAGAAUGGAGAUAUUUCCCCGAUCAAACGAAAAGCACCGAAAGAGAAUACACAUGACUCGGAAGCAAUCCGAAAAAGAGGUCGAUCUAGUAAUAUGGUUAUUCAGGUCCCAAACGUUACCAGGCUGUCAUUUUCUAAGCAAAUAUUCGCUCUUCAACAAGCUCUGCAGAAGCGACGCAAAAGUCAUGCUCUUGCUUUUAAUGCAGUAAUUUUAUGCAAAGAAGCAGAAACCGAACUUCUCUCUACAGUUACUCGAGAGUUUGUGCAUAAACAGUCAACCAGCCCUCAAACACAGAGUCAAACACAGAGUGUAAGAGAGCCCAGCUUGAAUGCUGUGAUAAAAGGAGUGGAAGUAUCCUUCCACCUCAUCCACCAGGCAUUGCAUAAAGUGCCAGAUAUACCAAAAGAAAGGCCUCACAAGAACCAGGUAGUAUAUUAUCUGGUAUGCCUUUUCGAGUCAAUCAUGACAGGUAUUGCUCAGUAUUGUGCCGCCCUUUCAGCUCAAACUAGCAAGGAGAAUGCACAAGCGAAGCAAAAGCAACGACCUUCAGGCAGGGCUAAGCCACAGAAGCCCACAAAAAACAAUGCAACACAACCAGUGCCAGACAUACAAGCCCAAGCCGGUGAAUACUUGACGAACUUGUUAUGCGUGAUGGCACUGUCGCUUGACAUUGCACGACCGGAUGAUCAAGAGAUUAUGGAAGGAUUUCUCUUUGUCGCACUGGAUAGAGUUGGCAAGAUGCUUGCACUAUUUGUUUUCAACGAUUUCCAAUUGCCAUUGGGUCCUCGCUCAGACAUUCCAGCACCGGAUGGAUUAGCAGCAAUGAGGACUGAGUCCCUGUCCCCUGAAAAUGCGCAAUCAGAGGCGAAAUACCUGAUUAUGUUUCUCAGCCGAUUACUGUCUGUCAGAUCUUUGAGCUCAGAAUCUUUGAAUGUCCGAGAUCACUUUUUUCGAGCAAGAAAAAGCAAACUGCAGAAAACGCUACUUCGCGCGGUUUUUGGCACCGAGGAUCCUCUGUUUCGAGAAUCACUUACACGUCCAGCCACCCCUCCUCCCCAGGAACCUAGCGGCCGAGGAAAGAAAAGGCAGGAAUUUUCUGAGUGGUUCACGCAGGAACUUUGGCAACUGAUUGGAUGGGACUUACUAGCUUCUGAGUUUACAUCCAGCUGA